GCCUGCCUGCUUGGUCCCAACAGCACGUCGAUGGUCAAAAGGUUCACAUUUGGAGGCGCACAGAGGACCGGCGGCUCUCUACAAGAGCAGAGGUGAUUCGCAUGAGUCAUUAAAGAUAAUCUAAAGACUUGAUCUUCAUCAUUACUGAACAUAUACCAGGUGCCAUGGCUCAAGCUGAAGUAGUACUACUGCAGUGUGCGCUGUUUUUUUUCUACUCGAGUGUCUGUUUGUGCCAGCUUGAUUGCACUGGCACAAACUGUCCCCUGCUGGACAACUGUAUCGAAGAAGUCCUGGAGAGCGGUGCCUGUUGUGCUUCGUGCUUACAAAAAGGAUGUGCGUGCGAGGGAUACCAGUACUACGACUGCAUCAGUGCUGGGUUCAAGAAUGGCAAGGUGCCCGAGGGAGACUCCUACUUUGUUGACUAUGGUAGCACCGAGUGUUCCUGUCCUGUAGGAGGGGGCCGGAUCAGCUGCCACUUCAUCAGCUGUCCUGAUAUGCCACCAAACUGCAUCGAGGUUUCCGAGCCUGCAGAUGGCUGCAUGCAGUGCGAACGAGUUGGAUGUGUUCAUGCUGGACAAAAGUUUGAGGCUGGAUACUCCUUCCACAUUGACCCUUGCCGUGUUUGCCACUGCCCUAAUGAAGGGGGGAAGCUCAUGUGCUACCCGGUACCAGACUGUGAUCCGCAGCAAGUUCAUAAACCCAUGUUAGCUGCACCCACAGAGGAUAAUACAGUCAUCAGGCAUGAUAAUUUCCCAUACAGGUUUGAUCAACAAGGCCACACAGAUCAAUUUGCCACUCCUUAUCACCUUCCUAAUGGAAAUCUUCCUCUCUUUAAAUUGUCACCGCUUGAUAAAGAGAAACCAGAAGACUAUGAUUAUGGUCCUACAGACUUUCCAGAGACCUACCCACAGUCUUUGCUGUUUCCCACCCCAUCUUCCUCUUCCUUUAAAAAAGUUCUAUCUGUGUCCCAAGGCUCUGUCAAACCUGACCGCAUCUCUUCUCUUCAGAGCUUUGACAGGCAAGGCAAGCAGGCGCUGAGAGAACGAUAUGGAGUUCGUGACCAUCCUUCAGGCAGAGAAGAAGUGACAGAAAGUCCCCUGAGACUAGAGCAGACUACUGACAUGCCAAAUAUGCGUGCCACAUCUUCUUGGCAGUUCUCGCAGGGUCUAACAAGUUUGCAAGGUGUCCUUUUUAAUAAUUUACGUCCACAGACAGAUUUAGACGAUUCAUUGCAUGGCCACAAGAGUUUGGGUAGUGUCGUAUUUCCAUUACACAGAGAAUUAGAGAGUGAAAAACAUACUGAGUAUCCACAUGCGGGUUCAGAAAGUGCCAUUUAUCCUCAGAGAGGCACUGAAACUAAGGCACAUAACAAAAAUACAUCAGAUAGCGUGGCACUGAGGGGUUCUAUCAGUCAGACCAAUGUGAGUCUUCCACAGAGGGGUACAGAGAUCCAAUCCAGUCAAGAGAGAGGAUCAGAUACAGUACAUUUUCCACUGUACACCAUGGAAAGCUCAGAGGUUCCCAUCCAUCCUGAGGCAAAUUCAAAUGGUCCAAAGGAAACGCAGAAGCUACUCACAGUUUAUGAGAAGGAAAGGUUGAAUGAGGAAGAGAUGCAGGGGGAGAAGCAGGAAGAAAUAGUAACUUUUCAGAAUGUGUCUGGGCCUGAAGGAAAGGAUAUGCCUUACACUAUCGACACAGUGCAAGAGAGAAGCGAGGAGGACUCAGAGAGCAGCUUUCCAACCAGCAUUUAUGAAAAGACUACUUCUGAGCCCGUCACUCCUUCCCAAAGGCGGCCUGAAUCCCUGACAACACCUGUAUUCCAGUCUAUCACCACCACCCAGCCACCAAUGAGAGUUACACUGGAAGAAAGUCAGCCUGGUGGAGAGCCAAAUCAGAUGGUGAUUAACCGUCACAGUGAAGGAAGACAGGAGGAAAAGGAAGGAGUGAAAGAGAUUGAGGAAGAUCGCCCUGUUUUACCCAUCAAACCCGAGGAGGAUCCAGGUGUGUCCUCUGAAGACCUGCUGCAGACCUGCUGCACUGCUGGCCAGAGAUGGGCCUCUGAAAAUGGUCACUGCAAGAACAUGCCUCUGCUCACUAAUGACAACGUCUCUGUUUGCAGUGUUGCACAGAAGCAGUGCUGUCUCAGCUCUGUGAAGGAAAGACAGUGUGAACUAGGCGUGACCUCAGCCAGAGGUGGAGACACCUGUGACGUGGAUGAGCGGGACUCGUGUCUAGAUGACUCCUAUCAGGUGUGCUGCAGCUGCUGUGUGCUUGGCUUACGUGUUCGCAGUGAAGGGCGAGGUUGUGAUGCCCACCAGCACCUAGGCUAUCCAUGCGGCCACAUCUUCCUCACUUGCUGCGAGGAAGGGGAUGCUCUGAGCCUGUUGAGGAGAAAGCAGAAGCCAAGACCAACUGCCCUUCCCAGGAAAGUAUCAGACAAUAAGUUCCCCAAGGAAGCCUUCUCCAUCAGUUCCACAGAUGAAGCUGCCAACACUGUGGAGGAGCAGGAGGAUGUUGACGAGUGUGAGCUCUACCCUGGCCAGCUGUGCCAGCACACAUGCACCAACAUCUGGGGCUCCUAUCGCUGUAGCUGCCACCAGGGCUACAUCCUGCAGCUGGAUGGACAUUCGUGUGCACCAGUGAGCUUCAAGGAGGACAAUGGCCUCAGAGAAGUUGACGGUCCAGCUUUUUCCCCCACCACCACUACUACUAAAACUACUACAACCACCACCAGCUCCUUUAGCCUCAAUCCAUGUGCAGACAACGGUGGCUGCAGUCAACAGUGUAAGGCCGUGGCAGGCCGGGCUCGCUGCUCCUGCUUCCCGGGGUUCUCACUGAUGACAGAUGGAUGGAUGUGUGAAGAUGUGGAUGAGUGCGUGACUGGUGCCCACAGUUGCAAGCCCAGCCAGCGCUGUGUGAACACAGUGGGUUCAUUUGUGUGCGAGCUGCAGGUCACUUGUCCUGCUGGUUACCAGCUGCGGAACAGUCUUUGCGAGGACAUUGAUGAGUGCACGAUGAGAACUCAUAACUGUGGCAUGGGCCUUGUGUGUGAGAAUACAGUGGGCUCUUUCCUGUGUAAUCCCAAACAGAAGUGCAUCAGUGGCUUCACACAGGACUCUCAUGGCAACUGUAUUGAUAUAAACGAGUGCAGCAGCCUGACUGAGCCCUGCAGUUCAGGCUUUAACUGUAUCAAUACCGUUGGCUCCUACACGUGCCAGAAGAAGAUUGUGAUGUGUAGCCAUGGUUACCACGCCAGCCCUGAUGGAGCCAAGUGUGUUGACACUGACGAGUGUCAGAUGGGGACGCACCGCUGUGGAGUGGGCCAGAUCUGUCACAACCUCCCCGGCAGCUACCGCUGCGACUGCCAGACAGGCUACCAGUAUAACGCCUUACGCAAAGUCUGCACUGAUGUAAAUGAGUGCUGGCGCUAUUCUGGCAGGCUCUGCGCCCAGAAGUGUGAAAACACCCCAGGCUCCUACCACUGCUCAUGCACAGCUGGCUUCUCCCUCGCAUUCGACGGCAAGAACUGCGAAGAUACAAAUGAGUGUGACCAAAACCCUUGUAGCCAGGAGUGUGCCAACAUCUAUGGCUCAUAUCAAUGCUAUUGUCGCCCAGGCUACUACCUGAAAGAUGAUGGGCACACCUGUGAAGAUAUUGACGAGUGCUCCCAGAGCAUCGGGAACCUCUGUGCCUUCCAGUGUGUUAACACUGCAGGCAGCUAUCAGUGUGCCUGUCCACCUCAUGGAUAUGUCAUGGCUGCCAACGGACGCACCUGCAAAGAUAUUGAUGAGUGCACAACUGGCACCCACAACUGCUCCACUGGGCAGACCUGCUACAACCUUCAGGGAGGCUUCAGGUGUCUCUCCUUUGAUUGCCCUCAACACUACAAGAAAGUGUCAAACACACGCUGUGAGCGGAUCAACUGUCCCGCCAGUUCCUUAGACUGUAAGAACUCUCCCUUGUGGAUCACUUACUACCAGCUCACGUAUGAGACCAACAUCAUCAUUCCAGCUCAGAUCUUCCGAAUUGGCCCUAACCCAGCCUACUCUGGAGAUCAUAUUGUCAUUAGCAUCAGAAAGGGGAAUGAAGAGGGAUACUUCAGCACACGCAAGCUGAACAGCUUCACAGGUGCCGUCUACCUGCAGAGAAAGGUCCGCGAGCCCAAAGACUUCCUGAUAGACGUGGAAAUGAAGCUGCUGAGGCAAGGGACGUUCACUUCAUUCUUGGCCAAGAUUCACGUCUUCAUAACACCCAGCACUAUGUAAUACCAAAGAGACAGACAGAGACUAGACAUUUCAUAUGGUGCUAAACAUUUUUGGCGUUUAGAUUUUUGUAAUGCCUCUAAAGGUUAAAGCAUGAUCUAGGAAUCUUGUAGAAUAUUGCCAAAGAUUGAAUUAUUCCUAUCAUGGCAGGCUCUCUGCUAUGUUUCCUUGAAAGUAAUGUUUCCUGAAAAACCUUGUAUUUCUACGUAUGUAUUUUUCAGCUUCACUCUAGCAAACAUAAUUUAGCUUUUAUACACUCGCACUAUUAGUGUCUGUUCAACUGUGUGUAUAGACGUUGGCUGGUCUCGGUUAUUGGUUUAUUCCCUCAUUACCCUUUUGGUGAUGUUUCGCACCUUUGGCUGGCUUUAAGAUACAACUGUAAGAUUGUGUUGUUUUUUCCUCUCACUUCACUGAUAUGUCAGCACAGGAGCUGAGAGAUUUUCACAUUACAGAGAGGGAGAUGCUACAACGGCCUGAAAAGCUGUCAUCCGGGAGAAUACGGCACACUCAAGCACCAGGAUGGUGAUGUGGCUGUGGUGACAUCACACGAUGCAUAGCGGCCACUUUUCCAUAGAUAAGGUCCAAAACUGACAAAAUGAAUAUAUGAGAACAAAUGGUCUCAGAAGUCUAGGAAGCAGUAUAAAUCGUUCAAUUUCAAUCUUUAUUUGUGUAGUUUAAAAAAUAAUCUUUCAAUAGUUUUAGAUAAAAAAAAAUCAAAUAAAGGAUAUUUAUUUUGGUAUCGUAUGCUUAUUUCACUUGGUAUUUUUUGUGAUUUGGCAUAUUUCACAUGUAAAUGAUAAAUGUUAGUGACAUAUCCACAGAGCUGGGCAACACAAAGGGGAAAUGGAGCGUUUCUCCAAUUAAAAAAAGAAAGAAGAACGUUUUUCUCCCAUCUCAUAAAAUAUACUAAAAGCAAAACUACGUAAAUUAAUGUCAUCAGGGGUUUUUUUUUUUUUCAUUAUUAUUUUGCCCGUUUUGGACCUAAUUUUUGAUUUGGUCAAGCGUUUGGUGUAUAUUAUUUAUGAAUAUGUGAUCUGAUCAAAUGAGUUCAAAACACACAAAAAAGUAGUGAUGAUGUCAUUCUAGCACUGACAGUAUUAUUAUAGGGGGGGUUACAUUUUAUUGUUUCAUGUUAUACUCUUUAGUUUGUAACCAGAUGCAUCUUUUUUAUUUGACUGUGUAAUUAUCUCAGGGUAAAAGCCACAUUCUCUUUUACACACUAGACAAUUUCCUGUGUGGUGUGCAGGACUGACUCAGCCUGCUGCGUUAACUGCAGGCUGGCCUCACACAGCAUGUACGUUUGUAUCUGUAAACUGACUGACGAUCAAACCGUUGUCAAUAAAAGGUCACA